AUGACGUUCUGCGGCACACCGACGUACCUGGCGCCGGAGGUAAUCCGGGGCACCGGCUACACGCACUCCGCCGACUGGUGGUCGCUCGGCGUCCUGAUCUACGAGCUCCUCUGCGGCACAACCCCGUUCGAGGCCAUCAGCGAGAUGAAGAUCUGGAGGAAGGUCGUCGCGGGCGUGGAGAACACGAGCUUCCCCGAGGCCUGCCAGGGCGACCCCGGGGACCUCAUCAGGGCGCUUCUGCGCUCGGAGCCCUCCCAGAGGAUGCCCGUGCUGCCCGCCGGCCUGGCGGAGCUGCAGGGCCACCGGUGGUACCGAGGCUUCGACUGGGAUCUCUUCCGCGACCGGGCUUUGAGGGCACCGUACAAGCCGAAGGAGAGGGACCUCGACCAGGGGUUCAGCGCAGCGGAGCGGGCGGCCCCUCCGGCCGACGAGCCGUACAGCGACGACGGCUCGGAGUGGGAUCGGAAUUUCGCCACCGUGGACGACGACGGCGCGAGCAACGGUUCGCCCCACGGAGAUCACGGCUUCCACCCGCUGCAGAAGCUUUUCCGCCGCGGCUCCACGAUGAGCCGGGACAGGGCUGGGUCCGCCUCCUCCUGGGCGGCGCUGCUCGGAGCCAAGGACUCGUCCUGA